CCUAAGCAAGUUUAAAAAAAUCAGUGAAAUAUAUUUAAUCAUUUUUGACGGACAAUGUGUCUUACUGUGGACACUAAAAAUUUUUAGCUUUAUGUAUUUUCAUUACAACAUCUAAAUUUCAGUUUUAUUUUUAGUAAAUUAAAUGUAAAAGGAAACUUACUAAAAUGAAGGCGAAUAUUCCAGGUAAUAUUAUAGAUCCCUUGGGAGAUAAGGCUCCUCGAUUUUCAGAGCAACAUCUAAAUGAGAUUUUGGAAUGGUUUGAAGAAAAAUCACAGCCCGUAAGUGUGCCGGAUAUCGAUGAACCGUUAAAAUUUGUAAAUGUCGACCAACUGAUGCAGUUUUUAGAAGAAAGGAGAUUUCACAAAAGAGGCUUUUACUACCCAACUUUUGGAGAAGUUAUAUCAGAAGCUGAAACAUUUAAUGCAGGAACAACACGAAUAUUCACAAAAGAACAAAUUUUGUAUAUGUUAGAUAAAUGGGUCAUUGAAGCUAAGAUUAAACAUGAAUUAAAAUUGGCAUUUAAAGUAUUUGAUAGCGAGAAUCGGUCUUUUUUGGACAUUGAUGAAAUUCGAGUAAUCGCUACAAGUGUUGGUGAACCCUUUGAUGAAGAUGAAACGAUAGAACUUUUGCGUGACGCUAACGUAAGAGGAGAUGGAAACGUUUAUUAUGAAGAUUUUGUGGAAUCUUUGUUUAGUCUUGCUCCUGAAUUGUAUAACAUAAAGGCUGAGUAUUUAUUUGAAGACCCAGAAGGAGACCCUUCUCAAAUAGAAUCAGAUUUAGAAGUUCCAGCACCAGCACAGACUAAAGAGAAAAAAUAAAAAUGAAUGAUUAAAAAUGUCUAACAUUUUCCUUUAAUUAUGUUUACAACAUAAGGAGU